GCCCCCUCGGAUGCGGCGCACCGGGAGCCGCGUCUCCAACGACCGCGGAGUGGAGGCCCCCGGCCCCAGCGCGGCGCUCCCAGAGCCAGACCAGGGGACCACACUGUCGGUGCGGCUGCUGAGGGACACCUCAGAGAGCGCGCGGGACGCCGACCAUGCCCAGGGGUUCCAGGUGAAGAUGGACGCGCACGGCUUCGCCCCGGAGGAGCUGCAGGUGUGGGUGGACGGGAGCAGUCUGGUGGUGACCGGCCAGCGGCAGGAGAAGCACUACGAUCCCCGCGGGGUCAGCUACCAACUGAAGCAGAAGGUGUACCGGCAAGUGCAGCUGCCCGGGAACCUGGACCCCGCUGCCACCACCUGCUCCCUCACGCCCUCUGGAGAGCUGUGGGUGCGAAGCCCAUGCAGGCCACUGCCUCUACCCGAAGCCCCACCGGGCUCAUCCCCGAGCCUCACUCGCCAGGGCUCCAAGAAGGGCUCGCGCCCCGCCUUAGCCAGUAAACAGCCACCAUGUGCAGCAGCCCGCGUCUGCUGUCUUCUGGGGCCGGUGCAAAGGUGGAGGGUUGGAACCGGCAGCACACAUCUGAAUCCCUGCCACUGGAGAAGCUGAGGCGGGACAAUCACGAAUUCAGGGCCAGCCGGGGCAAUUUAGUGAGACCCUGUCUCAGAAUAAACAGUAAAAAAGGCUGGGGAUGUGGCUCAUUG